AUGCCCAGCAUCAGCGAUUCAAAGUGCAUCCUCGUCGUUGGAUCCACUGCAGGAAUAGGUCGGGCCCUUGCCCUUGCAAUCUUGGACCUCCCUUCUCAGCCAACCGUCAUUGUCUGUGGGCGCCGCAAGGAAAGGCUCGACGAACUGGUUGCCUCCCACAAUGCCACCGGACGACUCAAAAGUGUCACUCUUGACGUGCUUUCAGAGCGCAACGCUCUCAAGUCUUCUAUCGAAGAUAUCGUCAACACUUACCCAGACCUUGACGCUGUUCUCUUCUCGAGUGGCAUUCAACGUGCUUUCGACUUCACGAGGCCAGAUACCAUUGAUCUCGACUUUCUCGAGUGCGAACUCGCCACCAAUUACACCUCAAUUGUCAGAAUGAUCACCUUCUUCCUCCCUCAUCUUAUCAAGCUUGGGGAGCAAGGCCGUCCGACAUUCUUGUACACAGUUUCUUCAGGACUUUCCAUUGUUCCCGCCACUGGAAUUGCUAAUUACUGCGCGACAAAAUCUGCUGUUCACAGCUUGAGUAUCUCACUCGCUAUUCAGCUUAAGGAGAAGAAUGUUCAUGUAGUCGAGAUUAUCCCUCCACUCGUCGAGUCGGAAUUGCAUGACUUCGAAGGCACAACGCAACGUCUAUCCAAUUUCUGGCUUUCGCUCGAAGAAUACACGAAGGUGACGAUGGAGGGCCUUGUUCGAGGUGACCCAUACGUUCCAGCGGGGAUGGUCAUCGAACAGCACAAACAGUUUGAGGAAGGGAAGUUGGAGGCUGCAACGAAGAUGCAUGGGCGUUUCAAGGCAAUGACUCAGACAUAAAGCACACGUAUUGGAAUGUGUGGAACGUAGUUUCCCUCUGCAAUCAGGCUCAAAAGUGUAUAGUGAUUGUCGUUCAUGUUCUUGUCUCAAAAAGAAUUCUCUGGAAUUUGGGAGUGCUGCACUACUGAAAUACAAUGCGAAAAUCUGAGUCCCAAU